UCAGCUCGACUUCCGACUUUUCCAUCCGACAGCGCUUCGCAUCACGACUGGCACUUGGAGUUCUUUUCCGGCUGUCACAGACGAAGAGGACGGAAACAUGGCUCCGAGGUACGAAAUGUGCGUCGGCCUUAGAAAAGGCCACAGGACCACCAAAAUAAAGCAGCUGCAGUACCGUGGCGACCGCAAAGUCAAGGGUAUCCGCCCGUCUCGACUGAAGGGUAUUCAAACGAAGCAUACCAAAUUCGUGCGCGAUUUGGUCCGUGAAGUCGUUGGCCAUGCUCCGUAUGAGAAGCGUGGUAUGGAAUUGCUGAAGGUGUCGAAGGACAAGCGUGCGCUGAAGUUCCUGAAGCGACGCCUCGGCACGCACAUCCGUGCUAAGAGGAAGCGUGAGGAGCUGUCCAACAUUCUGGCCCAUAUGCGCAAGGCUGGCCACAAGUAAACAUCCGUCUCCGCUAUUGUCGGUGGGAAAUUGUUGACGGCCGCGCGAAGAUCGGAUGCACGGACGAGCGUUGGAUCUUCUUCUGGUGCGUGUUUGUGUAAGGAUUAUAACAUUCUUGAAGAAUAAAAGCUAAACAAGACUCCUAA